UGUACGCACUACUCAUUCAGGGGCCCAACGCGACCAGGUCAGCGGCACUGUUCAGCGCAAUAUGGCGACCGAGAAAGACGUCGAGUCCGGCGAAGGCGAUGUGCCCCUUUCCAACCUCUCACCCCCGACAGAAGAACCGCCAAAAUACAUGCCAACUGAAAACGCCGGCGCCGACGCCCCUCCUUCCUACGCCUCGAUUUUGGAACAAAUCAAGGCUGCCAGGGAAGAGUCCGACGGAAAUAUGGACUUUGGGAAGAAAGCGUCCACGGCGGUGGCGGGCAGCAAGGGAUGCACGGUGUGCGGGGCGCUGCUGCUGGUGGUACCGGUCGCCAUGAUCGCAGUCGGGGCGCUGAGCGUGCACAAACAGGACUGCCCCAUCCAGCGCAUGAUUCCCAUCUACCUGCUCGUCUUCGGCUGCUUCUACCUGCUGAAGGGGCUCAUCUCCCUGGCCGAGCGGUGCCGCAACCACCGCGACAACGAGAGCGAGAAGAACGCCAAGCCCAACCCGGUGGAGGGAGUCAUCACCUGCUUCCUCUUCGCCUGGUUCAUCGCGGGGAACUACUGGAUCUACUCCGUCUACACCAUCGUGAACCUGACCGACCCGUCCGACGCCCUGUACUGUCAGCCCUCCUUGUACCGGUUCGCCUUCUGGGUGACCACAGUCGUGUACAUACUCGCCGGUCUCUGUGUCCUGUUUUUCUGUUGCGGCUGUUUUGCGGUGUGCUGCUGCGCUAAGGGCAAGGGUUCCAAAGAAGAGUAUACCGUGUCGUAGGUGUAAUUGUGAUUUGGCAUUGUUGUUUUCUUAAAACCGUAUCAGAUGUUUCCCCUGUUGGUAAAUCUGGGUAGUAGAUUGUUUGGCCUUGGGCGCAGCGUCUUUUCUAAAGCCAAGGACUUAAAACAACAUCAGCGCUUGAGCUGUGAAAGGACGAUCUCGCUUUCCCAUAUUUUCUUAAGAUACCUUCGUUAUUCAAAGCACAAGAAACGCAUUUUUUAUCUGUUAGUGGGGUAAGAAGGCAAGGUUAAAUUCAAUGAGAAGGAAAGCCUUUGACAGAAUUCGAAGUUAACUUGUUUUGGAAUUUCAUCUGUGCCAUCACGUAAGAUUGGGUACAGCACUAAUUAAAUUAGGCGCUCACAAUGUGCCCCGCACACACGGUUCCGCUCCAGUUGUCCGCUAUGGACAGUCAGGUUAUCUGCAGAACUACAUCCUUUUCUGUGGCUUCGGGUGUUGUCCAGGGACCGCGCCCUGAGAAAAUAUGCCAUGCCGGCUUGCUACCUGCAUUUACCUUAGUUGUUAGCGUGAUGGCCCCACCCAGACCACGAUACGCCAUGACACAGGGCCAUCUAUACUGUAUGUGGGGUGGGGAAGACGUCACAAGAAAAUUGACAUUACGGUUUUAAUACAAAAUAUGCAAUGAGCUAUUGUCAUCUUCAUGGAAUAACUUGGUGACCUCAAUAUUUUGUAUAUUAAUUAUUGUGGUAUGUUAUUUCAAUGAUUUGGUUCCUAUGUAUACUUCAAUGAAUUCUACAAUGAUUAAACAUAUGUGGUGUAAUAUUGUACAAAUGUAGGACAUGGAAGUGUUACUAUUAAAUCUUUA